AUGGCGACGUUGCCUGCACCGUCGGCGGCGGCCGUGGUGCCACAGGUCUAUCAUGUGCCGGUGGUGCCGGCACAUUUGCGAGAGGAAGAAUCGCUUCAGCAAAUGUUGGAUGCGCUAGAGUACCUCUCCGCUACUGUGGACGAUAUUUUUGGCAAGAUUACCACUUCGGUCAAUGCCAACAAGGAACGCCUGGUAGCCGUCAACAACCGGAUCAACACGGCCAAUGCCAAAGUGCAAAAGAUCGUCGGCACUCGUCGCGCCACCACCGUCUUCUGCAGAACACGAUUCGUAAACGCGAGCGUGGUGCCGAUCCCGUUGACGAAGAGCACGAAGGUCUGGGAGGGCGAGAAUUACAAAUACAAACCUGGCAUGGGUGCCGUGCCCACCAUCGAUGCCCCCGCCUUCUUGCCGGAUCUUCAAGGCGUGGCCGACCUGGCCUUUGUGGAAGAAAAUUCAGCCUCAAUUGCCCCCUCUGCCAUGGAUCAAACCCUGGACAACCUACCAGCAUUUGAGGCCGCCCCGGCACCGGCUGCCCCCGAUCAAACUGUCACGCAGGCCGCAGCCCCGGCGAGUGCUCCAACCAGCAGUGCGCCACCGCCACCUCCCCCCAGUGGUGCUGCGCCGCCGCCGCCUCCGCCCCCGCCCGCCGGUGGUCCCCCGCCCCCGCCCCCGCCCCCGCCUGCAGGCGCACCACCACCUCCAGCACCACCGCCAGCGGCUACAGCAACCCCAACUCUUGCGGUCGACGAUGUCGACAGCGACGAUGGCGAAGGUGGCGGCGGUGACGCGCGCAACGACUUGCUCGCCUCCAUUCGUCGCAACAACAAGGCCAAUUUGAAAUCCGUCAAGAUGCGACGCCGCAGCAUGGCCGGGAAUACCAAAAAGGACAAGGACAAACCCAAGCCUGCCGCUGCCGCCGCCUCUGCAGCCCCGCCUGUGCUGGAAGAAGCAGAGGAGGAUGAGGAUGAUCGUCCGGCCCCUCCGCCUUUGAAGACGGGAAAUUCAAUGAUGGACAACCUGGCCGCCAUGAUCCCGCAACUGCCGCCGGGCUCGGAUGACGAUGGCGGCGACGACGGUGAUGAUUGGGACUAG